UUACGCUGAACGUGUUUUAUGAAUUCUGUAUUCAAUGAAUGAUAUGUAUUAAGAAUUGACAUUAAACAUAACGAUACAAAACACAAGGAUUAUAUCGAUAUCAAAUAGUUAGACGGUAACAAGAGAUAAAAAACGGAUAAAGUAAAUAAGUUUUUAUAUACUUGAAUAACCUAUUUUUCACAAUGUACUCUCAAAAUACCACCUAUUUGACACUUCUUUUUAUCAUUGGAAGUUAAUGUUACACGAAAGGUUACAAUAUCGACAAAACAUUAGCGUUAAUGCCACAAUUUUUAUACAAGAUAUCGUCUUUGUAUGCGGGCUUAUUUUAAUGAAAAGGAAUACAAUGGAAAGGAAAUUUAUUAUGUAACGAAAGGGGGAAUAGCAUUCCUACAGUUCAUUCGAAAGUUUCGUGGCGGUUAGUCGCGUUAAAAGAAAUUUGCGAAAAGAGAGACCAGUAAACACGUACUUAAAAAUAGUCAAGUGACAGAUUAAAGUUUAAAACAAUCAGUUUAAAAAACAAUUAGAGAUAAAUACUUAAUUUAACAAGCAAGAAUUAAAAGCGUUUUAUCUAUUAAAAUUAUCAACCAAUAUUGAUAAGAAAAAGAGUCAAAUUAUUUAAUCAGCAUUCUUCUUUAUUAUUUGUGUGCAUAUAUUAUAAAAAGUCAACUGCAAUUGCAUGACAAUUAUUUUGGACAAGCAGAAUAACACUGAAAUUGAACUCAAUCGUCGUCAUGGCUGUAAUUAUACGUGAGCUCGUGAAAUGGUAUAAAUAUAUUAAUGAAGAUUUGCCAGACCCACGUAACAAUGAUCGCUUUAUGCUGAGCUCACCAUGGCCUACUGUAACUCUUCUUGGAUUUUAUAUAUAUUUUGUACUUGAUCGUGGACCAAGAUUUAUGGCAAGAAGACAACCUUUUAAAUUGGACAGAAUAUUACAAUUAUAUGAUCUUUUGCAAAUUCUAUUGAAUGCAUACUUAUUUUAUAAAGCUUUAGUUUUGGCAUGGUUACGCGAUUACAGUUACUUUUGCGAACCUAUCGAUUACUCUCAUACACCAAGAGCCACAGAGAUCGCCAAAAUGGUCUGGGUAUAUUUCAUGAUCAAGAAUUUGGAUUUGCUAGAAACAGUCUUUUUCAUACUCAGAAAAAAGGAGAAUCAAGUGUCUUUCCUUCACGUAUAUCAUCACAUUGCCAUGGUAAUGGCUACUUGGAUUGCUGCAAAAUUUAUACCUGGCGGACAUGUGACUUUCUUAGGAUUACUCAAUACAUUUGUUCAUAUAAUAAUGUACACGCAUUAUCUAUUGACAUCCAUGAAGGUGAACACAAAUGCGUGGAAGAAGUACAUCACUCAACUGCAACUGAUUCAAUUUUUCAUGAUUAUUUUACAUCAGAUACAAUUAUUUUGGGCGAAUGAUUGUGGCUUUUCAAUAUGGCCGGCAUAUUUACUGAUACCACAGAAUAUCUUCAUGAUGAUAUUAUUUUGGGAAUUUUAUUAUAAAACCUAUAUAAAGAAAAAACAGGAAAUUAAAACGGUGUUGACGAAAACGGAAACAAGCAGUAUCUAUACUGAAGUUUUAAACGAAAGAGCAAAAAUACUAUGAACUUAGAACUUAUAAUGUCCUGUUGAAUGUUUGAUCGUUUUUUUCUCAAUUUUAUUUUUAUUACAAAUAGGAAUA